UGUGUUUCUAUUUUAUUUCUUAUAGGCUAGAAGAAGUAUGAUGAGUGCCGUAGUUCCACCCACUAGUAGACCUGCCCCCACUCCGCCAGCAGUCCGCUCCUCCUCAUCUCCUGUAUCCAGGCCAGCACCAGCUGCCCCACCCACCCCUGUACUCGCGCUAACUCCGCCCCCAGUACAACCAGUUGUUACUGCAGCUGAUCUAGCCCGCCAGGAACGUGACCGUCAGCGGCAGAAGGAACAGGAACGGCGGAGAAGAGAGGCGGAGAAGAACAAGAUCGAUAUGAACCGACAGUCGGACCUUAUGGCGGCGUUCGAAGAGAAUAUUAUUUAGUUUAAAUAUAUAUAUUUUCAUAUAUAUAUAAAUAUAUUGUCCAAAUUAAACCUU